AAAUGAGAAGGUCAGGAUCUUGAAGGACGACAAGUCUAUAUUACAAGAGGAGCUUGAAAAUGUCCAAGAGAUCUCGGACAAAGUAAAAGAUGGAGAAUGAAUAUUUGGAGAUGGUGAUCCUCAAAAACUCUGAAAGAAUUGAUGAACUGACAGAGACAGUCAAUGUUCUCCAAGCCCAGAACACACAGCUCUCCUCUCAAUUGACUGAGAGCAAAGAGAAGGCGACUCAGGUUUGCCAGGAGAAGGAGGAACARCAGCUGAAGUUAGUUAAGGAGUUUGAGGAGAAACUCAAAAUGUUCCAGAGAGGCAAUGAGGGCUCCAGAAAUAUAAAGAAGGAGCUACAGGAACUGCUGAAAGAAAAGCAUCAUGAAAUCAAUCAUUUGCAACAUGACUCCAUCAAAUACCAGGAGCUGAUUUUAGACCUAGAAAGGUCUCUGAAGGCUUCAGAGUCAGCGCAUGAACAGGUGGAGAAGGAGCUGAGGGAAAUGACAGAGAGGAUAUCUKGUCUAGAAGAAGGGAGGAGGSAUCUUGAAGCUGAGCUUACCACACACAAGAACCUUCUCAAUGAGGCAAAGAAAGAUUUGACAAACAUUAGCUCUGAAAAAGACCAAUUGGUUGAGGUAGUAUCAGAAAAGAACAACCAAUCAGAAUGUCAGGUCAUGGAGAGAACUAAAGCACUACAGCAUGUAGCUGAGCAGCAAAAGAGUAUUUUCAUGGAGAGAGAGGUAAUUUUACAGCAACAUAUAGAGGAACUYCUGGGUUCCAAGGAGAAGGAGAGUSAGGUAGUUUUAGAAUUGAAGAGGAAAAUAGAUUCUCAAGAUUUACAGAUGAAUACUCUGAAGAGAGAGGCUGACACUAAUUUGGCUAAGUUAGCAGCCCUGUCCUCUAGUCCUCAGGGUACCAAUGCUGUGAAACAGUGGAAUGAUAUGUUCCUAAAUACCUUGCAUGAGAAGGACAGCCAGCUUCUAGAACAGGGCUUUGUCAUAACGAGAUUCCUUGAAGACAUUCGAGUGAAAGAGAAAGAGAUGACUGAACUGCAGGUAACCAAGUCGAGGCUCGAAAGGACACUUGGUGAUUACACAGUAGCUGCCACAGCUCAGCAGAGGCAGUUGUUUAUAAUGGGUGCCAGCAAUAGAGAGCUUAACGAAACCGUGGAGCUCCUGAAUCAACAGUUGCAGGAACUGAGUGAGCAGGUUGAGAGAUUAGAACAGGAUAGGAGUGUACUCAACAGACAUCUCACUGGCAGUGUAGAUUCCACAUCUAAAAUGGAGUUUGAUCUCCAGCAGCUGGAAAAUACACUUUUAGACACAGAGUCCCAGCUACUCCUCUCGCAGUCUCACAGUGACAUGCUUCAGGUUGAUUUUGAGAAACAGGAGGCCAUUUCACUGCACCUGAAGUCACUCCUGCAGAACAAAGAUGCAGAAAUCUCCUCUCUGCUGUCCUCCAGAGAUGGACAGAUGUCUGGGUAUCUAGAGCAGCUGCAAGCCAAUCACCGUGCCCAGGUUAAAGGCUACGAGGACAGACUAACCGCCUUGUACUAUGAAAGGGAGAAAGCUGACAAGGAGUUCAGAAGGCUGGAGAACAAAGUAAAAUCCCUUCAAAUGAAAGUUGACAAGUCCAUUCAGGAAAAGGAAAAAAUGGCUGCUCAGAUGGAAACAUUCAGGAACUCCAUGGUCUCCUUGCAGACAGAGAGAGAGCGUUUGAUGUCAGAAUAUAGGAUGUCUGAGGCAAGGAAUCAGACUGUAAUGCAAGGCAAGGAGGGGUCGGCUGAAGGAGACCUCAGUGCAACCAAGGGCCUUAAACACGAGAUUAGGACUCUCCUUCAUCAGAUGGAUGAUCUGAACUCUGAGAAUGCCAUGCUCAGGGCACAGCUGAUCAGAUAUAGAGAAGACUUGAAUCAGGUCCUGUUCUUGAAGGACAGCCAGUUGAAAGAGUUGCUCAGGAAGCAGCAAGAUGCCAUCAAAAACCUGGAAAACCAAAAAGCCACAGCUGAAAAGCAUAACCGGAAGACCCUUCUGGAACUCGAGAGGGAAGGAGAGGCAAGCGAUGCCUUAAAAGCUGAGAAUUCCAAACUUCAAACACAGGUCACUGAUCUGGAAGCUAACAUAUUGGCCCUGAAUAAGGGAAUGCAAGAAACGAAUAAAGGCAAAGUGAUUGYCGACUUGCAGCAUGCCGUGGCAGCCAAAGCUACGGAAUGUAACGACCUCCAGCAAAAACUGUUUGCUCAGAAAGUGGCAGCGRAUGACUGGAAAGGCAGCCUGCAGCUCCUGGAGCGCGAGACUGAGAAGAAACUGGGAGAGGCAGAGGACAAGUACAACACCGAGCUCGAUGCCUUUGAACAAGAAGU